UAAACAGAAUCAAAAUUCCCUCACUCGUUUCUCGUGUGAUCUCUUCCUCUUCAAAAGCGAUUUUUCUUCUUCUUUUUCUUCUUUCGAAGAAGCCAUUAUUCGAUUUCUUUUUCUCCUGUGAUCUCUGUUUCUGUCUGGCUUUUUUUACUGUGAAAACAAACUUGAGCUAUCGAACAUGUUCUACUCUCACCAGCUUCUAGCUCGCAAAGCACCUCUAGGACAGAUUUGGAUGGCUGCAACAAUGCAUGCGAAAAUUAAUCGGAAGAAACUUAACAAGCUCAACAUAAUUCAAAUCUGUGAACAGAUUUUGAAUCCCUCUGUUCCAAUGGCACUCAGGCUCUCUGGAAUUCUAAUGGGUGGAGUUGUGAUUGUUUACGAGCGAAAAGUGAAACUCCUCUAUGAUGAUGUAACCCGUUUGCUGGUCGAAAUAAACGAAGCGUGGAAAGUAAAAUCAGCGCCAGACCCUACUGUCCUUCCUAAAGGGAAAUCUCAGGCUAAAAAGGAGGCUGUGACUUUGCCAGAAAACCAAGAUACAGAUGUGGGAGACAUUGAGCGAUCCGUUAAUUUCUCCAAUACAAACGCCAGAAUGGGUUUCCAGCAAACAGCCUAUUUUGCGAUGAGACUUGAUGAUAUCGAUGAGCCCUUUAUUAAUAACGAUCCCAGGGAGGAAGAUGCAUUUCAGCAACUACAUCAAGCUGAUGCAGACAACAUCAAAUUGUUUGAACGUUUUGAUUUAUAUCAGUCGCACACAGAAACGUACAACCGCUUUGAAAGGUUCGACAUCGAAGAAGAUGAGGAGACACAACUCAACUUCACUUCAGGGGGGAAUAUGGAGAUCCCAACUACUCUCAUACCCUCCCCACCCCCACAGGAUGAAGCUCUAAGAGCUGAUGGAUUUGAAGACCACCUUGAAAAACAAAUCAGCCAACCAUCUGAUGAAUGCAGGGCAGCCAGACAGGAUCAACAUGCGCAAGUAAUCAUUAAAAAGAAAACAAGAAGACAUGCAACUCCUGCAAUGGAUUAUGAGCAAACCAUCAUUCCUGGUCAAAUAUACCAGGCAUGGCUUCAAAAUGCUUCUAAUAUUGCCUCAAGAAGAGGAAGAAAAAGAAAGGCACGCAGGGAUAUCAUGUCUACAAUGAAGGUAGCUAAUCUCAUGGAUCUGCCACCUACGGUACUUAUGGACGAUUUAUAUACACCUGAAAAUAGACAAAUCUAUUAUCCAGCACCUCUACUGGAGCUUUGGAUGAAAAGUACCCAACCUCCCCAUGACUCACCUUCUGCAAGGAUUUCCGAACCUCUGCCUCCAGAACCAUCUUUAUCAUCACCGCCAGAGAGAGGACAUUAUCAGGAAUCAACAGGAUAUCCUUUUGAAGAUUUUCACAGUGGGAUUGGGUCUCAGUCAAUGGGUGUUUCCAUAGAGAAACAGCGGAAAGCUGUUGUUGAUGAUGAGAUACCAAUGGAAAAUCUUAUGGGAGAACUAAGAACCAACAUUAUGGACAAUAGUAGGAAGAUAACUGAGGCCAAUUUAGUGACACCUGGAAAUUCUGGAGAUGAAAUUAGAUCCAUUCCAAGCUCGGGAUCAGGACAUGGUAUGCCAUCACAUCAUUCAGAAGUCCAUUCAGGAAGAUCGAACAAGAAAAGGCCUUACUCCUCAUCUAGAAACAGUGGCAAUGGCCUUGAACCAGUAGAAGAAGAGAAUUCGUGGAAGUUUCCUGAUCCAAAUUUCAAGUUAUCAAGGUUGUCUGAGAAUGGCCACACACCUGAUCCAGAAUUAUUGGAGACUGGACCUACACAAACCCAACAUCCAAUAAUCAGUCAGCCAAUGGACAAGAUAACUGACACCAUCCGGAUGCAGAUGAAAGCACAUUUUGAGACACCAGGAAACCCUCUAGUUGAAUCCUUGAACAAACUAGCAGUUGGAAUGAACCGAAAAGGAGCAGCCAUGCUCUUUUAUCAAACUUGUGUUCUUGCUUCUCGUGAUUUUCUAAGAGUUGAGCAGAAAGUUCCUUACGGGGAGAUUCUCAUUUCUAAAGGAGGAAAGUUGUGAUGGUAUAAGCUUAUUAUUUUAGACAAAACCCAGAAUUUACACAACGGUCCAGUCCUCAAUUAUCAAAGUACAAAAAUAUAUAUUUUGUGAAGAAAAAAAAAAAGCUUCUCUGCAGUUGUUUGGAGAUAUCCUGCAAUAUCUUAUUCUCAUGCUGAUGUACUACUCCUUUGCCUGGUAUUAUCAGAAUUUUGCCUAUCUUACUAUUGCAUUACAAAGCUGUUUGCUGUAAUUCCUGUUUUUGCCAGUAGUAUAUAUUCUGAUUGUUCAUGGAAUAUAUACGUAUUUCUGUUCUCUAUUCACUAUUCAGUACUACUUACUGUUCUCUUUCUGCUUACAACAUAGACACUUCUAUUUCUAGAAAGGUACAGGUUCCAAAAUUACUUGUAGAAUAGCAAUUAUGCGAGCAACUGGCUGGUUGAGGUUGCUCUUAAAUGAAUAGUGCAAGAAAGUUCAAUAUUUGCUGAAGGCU